AUGAGUAGUCCCAAAGAUAAUAAAAAAAGAAAAUCUAAUACUCUUGAUGAAGCUUGUAUUGAACUAAGUGAAGAAGUAGAAAAUGAAGAAGUAACUAAAGAAAAAGAAGAAAGUGAAGAAGAAGAUAUUGAAGUUCAAUUUAAUAAUUGGAAGACAAACAGUGGUUUGUUAUAUGAUUUUGUAUGCAGAAAGGAAUUAGAAUGGCCUUCAUUAUCAAUUGAUUUUGGUGAUUUUCAUGAUGAAAAUAUAGAAAAUAACGUAUUAAAUCAAAUAGUUUGUGUAGGAACUCACACAUCAAAUAAAGAACCAAAUUUUUUAUAUGUAUGUGAUGUAUUAUUUCCAUUAGAAAAAGUACCACAAGAAAAAUGUGUAUAUAAGGAAAAUGAAAAUUAUGAAGGUUUCGAAUUUUGCACUGAAAAAAAAAAAUUUACUAUAAAAUCAAAAAUUGCACAUACAGGUGAAGUGAAUAGAAUAAAAUUUUUACCUAUGGAAAAAAAAAAUUUUGUAGUAACAAAGGCAGUAGAUGGAAAUCUUCAUUUGUUUGAUAUAAAUAAACAUAAAAUUGAAACAAAUGACGAUAAAAUGAGUCCAGAAGUUUCUUUUAUUGGUAAUCAAUCAGAUGGAUUUGGUUUAGAUUUUAAUACGCAUAAAAAAAAUAUAUUAACAUGUGGCAAUGAUGGAUUAAUAAAUGUUUAUGAUUACAAUGAUUUAAGCUCAAAUAUAGUAAAUCCAUUUUAUAAGGUUCAAUAUAAAUCACCAAUAAAUGAUAUAUCUCCCACCAAUGAUCCUAAUUUAAUAUUAGCUUGUGCAGAUAAUGGAUAUAUUUUACUAUAUGACUUGAGAAUAAAGACAAGCGAACCAGCGCAACAAGUUUUAGGUCAGCAAGUUCCUGUUAAUUCUGUUUCUUUAAAUAAAUUUACAGGUUAUUUUGCGUCAGGAAGUGAUAAUGGAAAAAUCAAAAUAUGGGAUAUUAAAAAAUUUAAUGAACCUCAACAUAUAAUUAAUGCACAUCAAGAAGCAAUUAUCAGAUUAAACUUCUCUCCAAAUGAUUCUUCUUUACUUGCUUCAGCAAGCAAUAACAGAUUUAUUAAUGUUUAUGAUUUAAAUAAAAUAGGUGAAGAACUUGAUGCUAUUGAUUUAUCAGACGGACCAUCUGAAUUGAUUUUUUCGCAUGGUGGACACACACAAUCAAUUACAGACUUUAAUUGGAAUCAUCACAAAAAACUAAAGAUGUUUAUAGGGUCUACUAGCGAAGAUAAUACUCUUCAAUUUUGGCAAUUAAAAAUGGAAUUACUUGAUGAAACAAAUACUGUUCCAACUACCGAUACAGAUGUAGAAUAA